AUGCAGCAUAUAACAAACUCUACACUUAACGAGGAAGCUUGGUCUCAUGCAUCUCUUCCAGUAAGAUUCGAAUCACUUGGUAUUCCCAACGUUGAAAAUCUAACGUUUCCUGCCUUUUUAGGUUCAGUUAAUGACACAGAAUACCUCCCUUAUACUUCCAAAUUAUAUUAUCGAUAA